AUCGAUAUAGAUGCUCAAGCAUUUUCCUUCUUUCCCGUCUGUCACUGCCGAUCUGUCCUGUCUUACGAUUGUUGCCUCAGCUAUCAGUAUUAAAUGCUCGAGAUAUAUAAUCCGUACGCCAUCGCGGCCAUCAGUGCGCUGGGCGGAUUUCUUUUUGGUACAGACAUAUCAUCCGUCUCUGCAUUUUUGGGCGUCGAUUCGUACCUGAACUACUUCAACCAUCCCAAUGACACGACCCAAGGUGGAAUAACGGCGGCUAUGCCAGGGGGUGCUUUUAUCGGUGCCCUCAUUGCCGGUCCCGUAUCUAACCGUCUUGGGCGCAAGAAGUCCAUCAUACUUUCAACAAUAUGCUGGGCUAUCGGGUGCAUCCUCAGCUGCGCCGCUCAGAACGUUGCUAUGCUGGUAGUUGGGAGAUUUAUCAAGGGUAUUUGUGUUGGAUGGACGUCAGGUCAAGUUCCUGUAUACCUUGCGGAACAAUCGCCCAGGGCUAUCCGUGGUCGCCUUGUUGGCACUCAGCAGAUUGCGAUAACCAUUGGUAUUCUUGUGAUGUUCUAUGUCAGCUACGGCUGCAGUUUCAUAAAUGGCGUCGGGGCCUUUCGAUUGGGUGUGAUAGCAACCUUGAACUCUGUGGAACUGGUGUUGAUUUUUGUUUCAGCAUGGGCCCUACAAAUCAUUCCUGGCGCUCUCCUUGGUCUUCUCAUGCCUUUAUGUCCCGAGUCAUGUCGCUGGCUCGCGGCCCACGGUCGCAUGGAAGAAGCAGAACAAGUCAUCGCUAAGAUCCACAAUUUGCCCAUCGACUCAGCCGAGGUACAGCUUCAAAUAGAUGAGAUUCGCGAAGCUCUCCGCAUUGAAAAGGAGUCGGCCGAGAUUGGAUAUACUGACUUGUUCAAGAAGAAACUACUGUCCCGAACUAUUGCCGGCAUGGCUUGUCAACUCUGGAGGGAGCUAUGUGGCGUGAACGUCAUGAUGUACUACGUCGUUUAUGUCUUCCAAAUGGCUGGUCUUACGGGAAAUACAAAUUUGAUAUCCUCGUCAAUCCAAUAUGUGAUCAAUUUCGCUAUGACGAUUCCAGCUCUCAUAUGGGUUGAUAAAUGGGGCCGUCGACCGACCCUCCUCGUUGGCUCUGCUCUCAUGGCGGCAUUCCUUUUUGCAACAGCUGGCUUACUCGCCAACUAUGGCCACUACGUAGAUAGUGUUGAAGGGAACGCGAAUGUUCGAUGGUCUGUUUCCGGUCCACCAUCCAAGGGUGUCAUUGCAUGCAGCUAUCUCUUCGUGGCUUCUUUUGCAAUUACCUGGGGACCGGUUUCUUGGAUAUAUGUUUCGGAGAUAUUUCCCCGUCCUGUGCGAGCACAGGGGUCUGGUCUGGCAACAGCGACCAACUGGAUCAUGAAUUUUGCUUUGUCCUUCUUCGUUCCUCCGGCUUUCAAAAACAUUCAGUGGAAAACGUACCUCGUAUUCGGUGUUUUCUGUGUCGCUUCAUUUAUUCAAGUGUUUUUCACCUUCCAUGAAACAAAAGGUCGUUCUCUGGAAGACAUAUCGACACUCUUUGAAACUUCAAUCACACCGUUCAGUAAAAAGGCUACGCUUUCCCCGUUAUCUCACGAUUCUUCUCCCCAUCCGGACGAUUUGAAAGAACAUAUAACUGCUUCGGAAUGAAUGCCAUCUGGUUCAGCAGAGAAAUCGGAAAGAUUAUAACUUGACGCAUUUGCUCUAUUCUUCUACUUUAAUGAUACAGUGUCCAUGUACUAAGAAUUUGAUACGACAAUGUUAUGAGUGCUUUCAGAUGAUGCCAGUCAGUUAGCUGUCGUGUUACCGAGUACCCGAUAUUGAUGCCCUCUGAGCGUUGUAAAUUAUAAGUUCGUCCUUAAGACUCUCCUGACGCCUUGACAUCUGCCAAACUUUUAGCCGGAAAGCGUGAAAAGCUGUAAUAAAGACACACCGCAACAUAGAUUGCUGCAGACAUAAUGACCGCGAUCCCAAUAGCCGACCAUGUGUUGGGACUAUAGUCGAAGAAAAUACGUUCGAUAAUUGUGGCGAAUACAAUCUAGUGGAUUUAGAAC